AUGGCUGGCUUUAAACAGCAGCCGUCGGUCUCCCAUCAACCUCUUAAGGCCUUGUUUCAAUUGACUUACGUCGUGACUAUCCUCGCACCUGUGCCGCUCUGGCUGCUCAUUGCUUCCAUCGUGCGUCUCAGGCCACAUCCUCAGUGGAUCGCGAAGCAGGCACUGCUGGCGCGUGUAGCUUAUGCCGUGACGGACUUGAAGUCCCGCAUCGGCGUAACCGGCAAGCUGCCUCUUGAAUCAGGGCAGGUCAUCGAGCUGCAUCAAGAGGAUGCUGCCUUGCAUGACACUUUCCUCGUCGCCGAAUUGCUCAGCUUUGGAGAAAGCGCGCGCAAGAUUAUCUCGGCCACUGGUAACUUCAUCAGCAGACUUUGA